AUGGCUGCUUUCAUCAAGGCCGCCAACGCCAAGAUCCGGGCGAACCCGAUGCUCGACUACGUCUGCUCGACACACUUCUGGGGCCCCGUGUCAAACUUCGGUAUCCCCGUCGCGGCCGUUCUCGACACCAAGAAGAGCCCUGACCUGAUCUCUGGCCAGAUGACGGGUGCUCUCUGCGUGUACUCGGCCACCUUCAUGCGCUACUCGCUGGCCGUCUCGCCACGCAACUGGCUGCUGUUUGGCUGCCACUUUGUCAACGAGGCCGCGCAGCUGACCCAGAUGUACCGAUACAUGUCGUACCACCACUGGGGUGGAAAGGAGAAGCUGGGUCUGGAGGAUGGCGUGGAGAAGGCCAAGGAGGGUGUGCAGAAGGUGGAGGACAAGGUGAAGAGCGCGGUCGGCAAAUAA